GGCCGCCGGGAUUACUCCUACCUUUAUCCGACCCCAAGGCCCAUUCCCUAACCCAGCAGCCCGCCUCCCAUCCCUCCCCUCUCCGACGCCCCAGUCGCCGCCCAUUCCUCCUCGUCCUCCUCCCCAACCAAUUCCCAUCUCCACCGCCACUGUUCCCCCUCCCUCCGUACCCACCGCCGCUACAACCCCCACCCCGUCCCCACCUCUCUACCAGCGACGUGGAGGGAGUUUUAAACGCUGUUUACCUCCUUUCUGAUGGUAAUCUCCACCAUGCCGGCCAGCAUCCACGGACCUAAAAUGGGGGAGCACUGUAUCCCCACAUCUCCCAUCCCUUUUUGAUCUAACCGCCGGGAGAGACAGUGAGAGUUACGCCUUCUCCCCAUCUUUCUCCCGGCCUCCCCUCACCGCCGCCGCCGCCGCCGCCGCCGCCUUCUCCCCCUCGCUCUGGCCCGUCCGGUUCGAUCCGAACCCCCGGUUUAUCUUAACCGCCCCCGGCUCGUCCUGUUCCAUUCCGGUUCGUGGACUUCACCGAUUUGAACGGUUCGAAUCCAAGUGAAAUUCUUUCUUCCUCGUCCAGAUCUAAUCAAACGGUUGUGAUUGAGUUGCUCAGUCCGAUGCUGGUAGACUCCGGUGUUCAGUGGACUUCAGAAAUACUAUAUACGUGAAGUGACCAGAGCAGCGGCCUGUGGCCUGGGAAACGGGAGCGAAACGCUCAAGUUGGCGCCCGUCUCGGCCGUUCUCUCCCCCCUCGGGAAACCUAGCAGGGCCUCCUAUCUCUUCUGCCUUGCUGUCUCGAUCAAAACCCUAACCCUAGAGUCCUCCUUUCCUUUUGUCUCUUCUGUCUUGGGGCGCCGGAAUAUGGCGUCGUCCGUGUUUUCGGACAGCUCUUCGCCGGCGGCAGCUCGGCUUCUUCCCUUGAGCGUCCGAAGUCGGACGUCCCAAUUCCAGCGCUCGAUUUCGAUCGCGUGGAGGCCCUUGGACCUGAGUGCGAUUCGAUCUACUGUCUCUCCACGUCGGAGCUUAUCGGCCUCCGCAGCAGUGGCUAUGACUACUGAAACUUCUGCUAAGGUUAUUGAUGGCAAGGCAGUCGCAAAGCAAAUAAAAGAUGAAAUUGCUGGAGAAAUAGUGAGGAUGAAGGAUGGGAUUGGCAUUGUUCCAGGAUUGGCAGUCAUUCUGGUAGGUUCUAGAAAGGACUCUCAAACAUAUGUUCGCAAUAAGAAGAAGGCUUGUGAAGCUGUGGGCAUCAAGUCUUAUGAAGCUAAUUUGCCUGAAGACAGCACAGAAGAAGAAGUGCUUAAGAACAUUGCUCGCUUUAAUGAUGAUCCAUCAGUUCAUGGCAUCCUGGUUCAGUUGCCUCUGCCUCGUCAUAUGAAUGAGGAGAAAAUUUUGAAUGCCGUUAGUAUUGAGAAAGAUGUGGAUGGUUUCCAUCCAUUGAACAUUGGCCGUCUUGCUAUGCAAGGUAGAGAUCCCUUGUUUGUUCCCUGUACUCCCAAAGGGUGCAUGGAGUUGUUGCAUACUUAUGGUGUUGAGAUCAAAGGGAAGAGAGCUGUCGUAAUUGGGCGGAGCAAUAUUGUUGGAAUGCCUGCUGCAUUAUUGUUGCAAAAAGCAAAUGCAACCAUUAGCAUGGUGCACUCGAACACUAGGAACCCUGAGGAAAUCACAAGACAGGCAGAUAUCAUCAUUUCAGCUGCUGGAGUGGCAAAUUUGGUGAGGGGUAGCUGGAUAAAGCCUGGCGCAGUUGUGAUAGAUGUUGGGAUCAAUCCAGUUGAUGAUGCUGAAAGCCCUCGUGGUUAUCGACUGGUUGGUGAUGUCUGUUAUGAAGAGGCCUGUAAGGUGGCUUCUGCUAUUACACCAGUUCCUGGUGGUGUUGGUCCAAUGACCAUAGCCAUGCUACUAUCCAACACACUCAGCUCAGCAAAAAGGAUACACGAUUUCAAAUGAUACUUCAAUCUCAGUCUAAAUUGACAAAUGUAUAUGCAUACAUCUUGGCUGAGUUUGUGCCUACAAUUUUGAGUGCCUUUGGAGUUGAACCUGUGAUGUUGAUCUGGAUGUUUUUGGUCCCCGUGAAAUGGGUUGUUUAUCCCAUAGAAUCAAGUAAUAAACGAAUAUUGAUUCCAGUUAAAUAACAGUUUGGCACUCUUGGCAUGAUUGAGGAAUUA